GAUUCAGUUUGGACUUUUCAAGCAAACUUACGAUAAGUUUUUUAUAGGAAUUGGCUUGGACUUUUUCUCAAAACAGACUAGUGGAAUCAGCUUGGACUUUUCUCAAAACGAACUCGUGGAAUUGGCUUGGACUUUCUUUCGAAACGGACUUGUGGAAUUGGCUUGGACUUUCUCUCGAAAUGAACUUGUGGAAUCGGAUUGGACUUUUCUCGAAACGGACUUGAAUCAGCUUGGACUUUCUCUCGAAACGGACUUGUGGAAUCAGCUUGAACUUUUCUCGAAACAGACUUGUG